GAGCUAGAGACUGUACAGUUGAUGGAGAGAAAGUUGCACCAGGAAAAACUUGGAAAUCUGAUGAUGGAUGUCUCAGUUGUAAGUGUAAGAGAGGAAAAUGCAAAAUACGGACAUCAAAGAAAAAAUGUCAAACAACAACAACAACAACAACCAAAGAAGUUGUAUUUGAGAAUAUAUUUCCAAAACACAAUGAAGCUGAUGAAACUGAGACUAGUGACAUAGCACCUAAGCCUCCAACAGGCAGAGGUGGAAUUAUUUUUAAACCGUCGUUGGCUGUAUGUAGUGAACACAGCGGAUAUGAGGUCACCACGCUAACUUCAAAUGAUCGAUAUUCGAACACAAAUGAUGAGUUCAAGAUAAGAAUAUACGCUGGAGGGGAGUGGACAGACUAUGAGAUUUUGAACAAUCCAGGAUAUGAUCGGAGGAGAAAGCAAUGGGAUAGGUACGGCCCACUCAUGUCACUGAAUGAUGACCCGGUAGAUUAUGUUCAAGUGGAACAUGUUUCUGGCACAGAUGGAUGGAAAAUUUUCACUAUCUUUGUGAGGCACCUGUGUACCAACAAGAUCUUUGAGUUCAAUUGUGGGGGCUGUUGGAUAGACCGACCUCAAAUACCUUUCUUGUACAUAAAGCGAACUAAUUGAUCUAAUAUUUCACCCCAAUAAAAUUUGGCAAGACUUUA